UUCGAUCGUUAUGGAGAAUUGCAUGAUCUGGAUGCUAUUUCUGCUGGCUUCCUACAGCCAGUUCUCAGAUUCUUCUGUUGUGGUAUUGCGGGAGUACUCCAGCUGGAGAGAUUGCUGCCAGAGAAUCAUGUCACCACUAUUGAUGCAUUAGUGGCUAGAGACCGAGCUAGACAUGCUCGGAUUCUGCGUACAGUCACUAGUGGACUCGUCAAUUUUCCACUCAACAGCUCGUUCGACUUUAAUAAUAUCGGCAUAUAUUUUACGAAAGUGAAAGUGGGAUCGCCUCCCAGAGAAUACAAUCUAUUGAUUGAUACUGGGAGCGAAGUCUCGUGGAUUGCAUGCAGUUCUUGCAACACUUGUCCUCGGACCAAUGGACUCGGGGUUAAACUGAACUUUUAUGAUAGUGGCAACUCAACAACUGCCAUUUCCAUUUCUUGUUCAACCCGUGGGUGCAAAUGUACUAGGACAAACCAAUGUGGUUUUACCCUGAGUUACAUGGACGAGAGUAGUACAACAGGCUAUUUUGUGUCCGAUGUAUGGCAUCUGGACACAAUUUUAAGCACUUCGUCAACCGCUAGCUCUCCAGCACGAAUCAUUUUUGGGUGCAGUACCUCUGAACUUGGCAGUCUGGUCCUGACAGACAACGCAAUUGAUGGAAUUAUUGGGUUUGAUCGACAUAGUCUUUCAAUAAUAUCUCAGCUUUCUUCGCGUGGAAUUUCUCCAAAAGUAUUCUCCCAUUGCUUGAAAGGAGAGAGCGGCAUCAAUGGAGGAGGAGGUAUUUUAGUUCUCGGUGAAAUUCUGAAUCCGAGCAUGGUCUAUACUCCGCUAGUUCCAUCAACGUACCAUUACAAUGUGGAUUUGCAGAGCAUAGCUGUGAAUGGAAAACUUUUGCCUAUUGAUCCAGCCGUAUUUGAAACCUCAGAAGAUGAAGAUCGGGGAACCAUUUUUGACUCGGGUACGAGCUUGAUUCAUCUAGUCGCAGAGGCGUACGACUCCGUUAUCAGUGCGAUAACUGCCGCUAUUUCAUCUUCUGCCAAGCCAAUCACAUCAGGAACAAAUCCAUGUUAUCUAAUUUCUUCCAGUUCCUCAAAUAAUGUAACAAAACUGUUUCCUCAAGUUACUCUACACUUUGCUGGUAGUGUAUCCAUGGACUUAAAACCAGCAGACUACCUCACCAAUAUGAGCUUUUUUAAUGAUACUGCUCAGUGGUGCGUUUUCUUGAUAAGAAAAUCUCUGAGCCUAACAAUUUUAGGAGAUAUUGCUCUUAGAGAUAAGAGCAUUGUAUAUGAUUUGGCUCACCAGAGAAUUGGUUGGGCAGAUCAUGAUUUGAUGAGAUUAACCUACCUCAUCACAGAACCACCUAAAGGUACCUGUUCCACUGGACAUACUACGGAGAAAGCUGUAGCAGGCGAGAAGGGUGCAGAAGACAACAACAUUGUUGAUGACUGGGAGGAGAAGGAUGCGUUGCUAAGGAGUUGGAUCUUAGGCACCUUGACAUAA